ACUGCAGGAAUCCAAGUUCUUCACUGAAAUGGUUCAAAUUAUACUUGGAGGACAAAUGUUUCUGAGUGAGGCUCCCCUACACAGACAUAAUGUUUAAUACCAAUAUUAUAUUAGGUCCUUUCAGAAUAUUAAUGUAACAGGUUGACAGUGCUGUGCUGGGCCCGGCGUUAUGUUUCUAUGUUAGUAAUUAGAAAUGUUCAGCAGAUUUAAGAGAUGGAAGCUUGUUUGCACUCAAACUUCAUUUAUCAUCACUGGUGUAAAUUAUUUAUCAGCGGCGUGUUGUUCGGUACAUUUUUGCUAUUUUAGCAUUUCAGAAUUAGCUUCCAUUUCAGGGCUCACUGCGAAGUCAGGCUGAAGCUUUCAGAUAUCUGCCAAUAAAAGUGCGGGACAGGCUGAAGCUCUAUUAUGCAUGACUGUAUGAACACAGGCUGGCAGCAGUUGAGUGGAAGCAGAGUGGAGGAUUGAUAAUUAAGUUAAAAACAUGAAACCAAAUCGUCGCUGUCAGGACGCAGAGCUCUGCGCAUCGUCUGCUUCCAGCAGCUCCUGAUGACAUUUGUCUUCAAACUGCGGGAAUGAUUCACAGGUUCAGCGGCACGAAAUCGAGCAGCGGGUCAGGACUGUUCUCGGCACAGGUCGUCGUCCCCGGCGGGAGAAACAGGAACGUGGAGUGAAAUGAACUCGAGACACUUUGUCACCUACAAAAACAGUUUGCACAUCAAAUAUCAGGGACGCCACAGAUUAAACCUCGAUGCUCCAAACUCCUGAUCCUGGGAGGAGGGCGUGCCCAUCCCGACUUUGAGAUGCCAGCUGGAGAAAUGAGCUGUCUGAGGCUGAAGGAAUGAGAAGGAAGGAAGACAAAAAGGAGAGGAACCUCAGCCAGAGGAGAGGAGAAGGAGAGAGGAGGAUGUUGAGAGUUUUGUGAAAGAGGACAGACGAAGAAAAGGUUCGAUUUUUUUUUACUUUCAAGUGGAAAAGUCCAAGAAAAGACAGACGGACUGUCAGUGACAGAAGCUGAACGAGUGAAGGAGGAAACAUCUGGAUGGUCUCCAGUGCUGCGGCCUUCAAAGAUGGCCUCCAACUUCAAUGACAUCGUCAAGCAGGGCUACGUACGCAUGCGCAGCCGCAAGCUGGGGAUCUAUCGGCGUUGCUGGCUGGUGUUCAAGAAAUCUUCCAGCAAAGGACCUCGUCGUCUGGAGAAAUACCCCGACGAGAAGGCUGCCUACAUCAGAGCAUGUCCUAAAGUGACAGAGAUCAGCAAUGUGAAGAACAUCACACGACUGCCACGUGACACCAAGCGACAGGCGGUGGCCAUUGUGUUCACAGACGACACCUCACGCACCUUCACCUGUGAAUCAGAGCUGGAGGCUGAGGAUUGGUUCAAGACGCUGUCGAUCGAGUGUUUGGGGAUGCGACUUAAUGACAUCAGCAUGGGCGAGCCAGACCUGCUGGCUGCUGGAGUGCAGUGUGAACACACAGAGCGCUUCAACGUCUUCCUCCUCCCCUGCCCCAACCUGGACAUCUACGGCGAGUGCAUGAUGCAGAUCACCCACGAGAACAUCUACCUGUGGGACAUCCACAACCCUCGCACCAAGCUGGUCACUUGGCCGCUCUGCUCGCUGCGGCGCUACGGACGCGACGCCACCCGCUUCACCUUCGAGGCUGGACGGAUGUGUGACAGCGGCGAGGGACUCUACACCUUCCAGACCAGAGAGGGGGAGCAGAUCUACCAGAGGGUCCACUCGUCCACGCUGGCCAUCGCCGAGCAGCACAAGAAGGUCCUGCUGGAGAUGGAGAAGAACAGCAGGCUGCUGUCGAAGGGCUCAGAGUCUGGCUCGUACCCCUGCACCCCCACCGCCAUCCUGCCCCGAUCCGCCUACUGGCACCACAUCACUGGAAACCAGACCGGCAUGGAUCCCGGCAGCGGUGACGCCGUGGAAGACGAGCUGCUGUCCACCCGCCUGCCUCCCGACCGCCACGCGACGCUGCCCCUGGCAAACACACACACGCAGUCUCAGCCACACAUACACACACACUCCCCGACACACUACCCCACCUUCCCCGGACAGUGACACACACUCUCACACAGGCGUGUGUGGACUUUGAAGACACACACAGGACCCACAUGCAUGCAGACACACACACUGGACACUCCCUCCUUAUAUCUGACAGCCCAACAUCACACCUCACAGGAUGGAGGGACCCUAACAGCGGCCGGCACGCCGUCCUGAGAGCGCACUUCCUGCGGCUGCUUGCUGCUGUGUGGCGUGAGGACUGAAAGCUCUCAGCUUCAAACCAGACACAGAGUGAAGAUUGUACGGAUGUUUUUAUACUGAAUUUCUACUGCAGCUUCCUUUUGAAAUCACAAGAAUAAGGAGGAAAUGAGCGGCAGCCUGACACGCACACAUCACAAACACGUCACACACACAUGGACCGACGCAGGCCUGUUAGCGUCCUGCUGAUCGCUCAGCUGCUUCCUCCUCCUCACACCAAACAUCAGUCUGCCGCCACGUGUGUGAAGAUGUGUUGUGAUCUUUAUUUGACCCGCCCACAGUCACAUGCCAGCUUGGCUACUAGAAUAAGCAAGAAUUCAGUUAUUAAAUGACAGAAUUUUUAUUUACACCUCAGAAAAUUAAUUUGUAAUUGUUCGAUUUGCUUGUUAGGUCUGACGCCUUUAACCGUUUCCAGGUCUGAAUCCUCCUUCAUUCCUAAAAUCAGGAAAACUGUGAGGAACAGCUGAGGGUGGAAAACAGUCCAGAUAAUCCAGUCCAAUAAGACAUCUGUGCAGCUGUUUGCACAGCUGUGACAAUAAAGUUUAAUCAAAAGGAGGAUUUAUGAGGUGAGCAGGAAGAAAGCUCGCUCUCUGGCUGAUGGAUUAAAAAAAGACUACAAAAGCACGGCGAAAGCGUCUGAACUACAGUUCAUGUCAUAGACUGUAUAUAAAGGAUGGAUGUAGCUGCCCAGAUGUGACCCUGAUGGGAUAUGAUGUCUCACUGGUAAUGACGAUCAUGCAGUGAAACGUGGACCAGCAGCUGAGAGCUAAACUUCAGCACUGAUGCCACUUUUUAGCUCUGUCCAUCUUUCUUUACAGUCUGCACACCAAGUUUACGCGUCGGGCUCUCGGCAGCGCUGCCGAGCUCGGUCACUCCGAUGUUUCGGGGUGGUCUGGAUCUCUCAAUGAUCCCGAGCUCACUCUGAAGUCAGACACUGUGAGAUUUUAAACACGUGCUGUGCGUGUAUAGAGCUGAUAAAAAGCUGCACAGGACCUGGAAGUUCUCUGAGGUCGUCUCUUAACAAGCAGAUCAUCUUUAGGCUUAAAGUAAAAGAAGUCAACCCCAUGAAUGUCAUCAUAUAGAAACCUUAGGCUGCUUUCAAGCAUAUUCGGGCCCACGUGGUUGCAUUACUGUGGCUCCCUGCACAGCUUAGGUUGUUUUUUUAUAGUGACAAAACUGAAACGCCAACAUUUGGUCAAAUUUCCACUGUUUUUAUGGAUGUAGGAGGAUUGAAGCGAUGUAUGAGCCUGCUGCACGGUGCCUUAACAGCACCACGAGGACUGUGAAGACACGCGUGUGAAGAGCACGUUUAUCACAUGUGGAUGAAUGCCUUUGAUUUCACUGGUAAACGUGACUCUGCAGCUCCAGGAUCUGCUCACCGAGGCUCCGAGCUGAGUCCUGGCUGCGGUAUCUCUUAUCGAGUGAUUCCUAAGCUCUCCGGGAUGUGUCUUAUUACACCUUCGUCUUUUUACACACCCCUGUUAUUUUCUCAUCAUCCAUGGGUUUUAGGGACAUUUGCCUGUCAGUAACUGAUGUUCACUGUCCUUACAUUUCAUUGUUCAGUUCUCAUUUUUCCCUCUGACAGAUGGAAAACUCUCAGCUUCUCUGCACAGGUAGAGUUCGUCAGUUUGAGCCUCACGUUUGUGCAGCUUUUCUUCUGGUCCGUAGCCAUGUGUGAAGAACUGGUACCUUCAAAUCUGAGGCCGUGGUUCUGAGCAGGAAACAGGUGGAGUCCCUCCAUAUGGGUCAGGGAGGUGUAGCUCCACCCAGUUCUUUAAGAGCUCUUGGGGUGUUGUUCACAACAGAUCACCAAAUGGAUCUGAAGUGAUGUGGAUGCCGUCGGUCUACGUUCUUACCCUCACCUUUGACCCCGAGCUGUGGGUAGUGAUCGUGAGAAUUGCAGAUACUGUGAGCCUCCUCUGAAGGAGGAGCUCAGUCUUUCAGGAGGAGGGCAGAGUAUAGAGUCCUUCACACUGGAAGGAGGCAGUGUGAGGUGUUUGGGAGGAGACCCCAGGCCAGACUCAGGACACAGUUUGUGUCUCUGAGCUGGCCUUGGUGCUUCCCCAGAAGAGCUGCACCAGUUUAAGCCUGAUAGACUCCAGAUAAGCUGUAGAAAAUGGAUUCAUGGGUGUAAAAUAGGAAAAUGCAUUCAAACACUGACACGAGUAGAAGUGGAAAUAACACAGGUUAGGUUUCACUUCUGCCCUGAGGUCACAUCAGAGGCUUCACUGGGUCCCUGAGGUAGUCUGCGAUGUGACAAUGGAGAAACCCUGAAGCUGCAGCAGCAGACAGAUAGCAGCACAGUUAAUCACACACGGCCCAUUUUUCUGCUUCCAUUGAGUCAGAAUAGUCCAGGUGGUCAGGACGUUAUCGUGGAGAGCACAGCCAUCGUUUCUGUCAUCAGUAAUACAAUGAAUGACCAGCCGUGGCUCCGGGAGCACGGAUCAGACGGACCACAGAGCGCUCGAUUUGGAAACUAAACUUCCUCAAACUUGUAUGGAGGAGUUCAGAGCGAUGCUGCCUGAACGGGUCGAGGCUGGUUCUGGAUUGGUUAUUGAUCAUUAUCGAUGGCGUCAGAGGAGAAUGGCAGGUGCUGCCUUUGCCUUCUCUCACACUGAGCUGUACAGGUGAGGUGGAGGUGGGGGGAAAUUCCAGGACAGCAGAUACACGUCGUGGUUUUUCCACCGUGGGCUCCAAUCAGCUUUCAGCCGCUGCCUUUUGACUCCGCCC